CUGGUACCGAACCGCGGACAGUUUUCUGCGAAUUCGAGUUUUUCCGAUUCAGUUUCAUUUGGUUCGCCGAGCUGCACGCAAGUUCCGAGAACGAAUGCUAACCCGUAACCGUCCUUCUCCUCUUCCUCCCAAAAACCUUCGGUGAAAAGAAAGAGAGCAAACAAAAAAAGGAAAUAAUAAGGCCAACUUCGCGCAGGCCUUAAAGCCCCACAGUUUUGCCAAUAAAGUGGAAGAUUGUAUUUUAUUGUAAAAAAACAACAACAAAUAUUAACGCUUGUAAGAAAGAGUUUAAAAUUGUCAUUGAAAAGUAUGUGAGUGAAAAUUAGAAGCAGUGGUAAAGAUUCCUCUUUGGUUUUCGCCUAUUUGGUUCCGCGAGUUCAAAACAGAUGAAUCGUUCGAAAUUCACAACCUGAUCCUAGAAAAGAAAAAAGGUGCGUGUCUGAUUUCUCAGGUGAAAAUUCCAUCAAAAAUAAAGUUAAAGUUUUUCCAAAGUGCAAUGUGUAGUGAUCGUACCAUGUUGUGCGUGGGCAGUGACGGUGAAUGAAAAAAAAUAAAUAAAUUGAAAAUGAAAGGUGAUUUAUGACACACAUUAAGUAGCGAGAGGAAAAUAAGUUGCCGAAAAACGAUUUACUGUACACCGUUGCGAUCGUGCAUGCGUGAACCGGUCGAUCGAACAGUCAGCGAUCACUGCUGGGACAAUCUUCAAAAAUCACACUACGGAGCGCGUUUUUAGUUUCAUUUGUUUCACGAUCGUGCUCUAGUUCGUUAUGCAGGCGGUAAAGAUUUCACGACUAGUGGAUCUUCGAACGAGCUUGGUGAUUAUAUACAAAUAAUCCCAAUCCAUCCCACACAAGAUACUUUCUCCUAGAAUCGCACCCCCUAGUAAAACAACGUGUUUCAACGUGUCUUUCUGUGUUUUGUGUAGAAAAGAAAUACAAAAAAGAAAAAUUAAAAUAACUCAAAUCGUAGUAAAAAUUUAAACCAAAAGUGUGAAACAGUGUUUCGUGCAUCUAAAGUUGCAGCGUUGAAAAAGUUUAACGACGACAUUAGUGAAAAAUUUUACCGUAGUGAAACAGUUCUGUCGGUGGUGAAGAUCCGUUCCACGCUUAAUAAUGCCGAUCCAUAGCAGAAUGAAAGAUCGAGCAAUUGUGCCAAUGUCAAAUCGACCUGUCAUAGAUAGUGCCACGAUCGAGCAGCAUCGUGCGUGCUGAGCAAAAAAAAAAAAUAAAGUGCGUGUGUGUAUACAACUCGUCCUUCCGCGGGUCAGUGUAGGUGUGUGUGUGUGCGUGUGUAAAAGUGUAUUUGUUUUGUCUUCGUUCGGAAAAUUCACUUUUACAACCGUGAACGUGCAUGUGGUGCUUUUGAUUUGCGGCAUUCAGGUUUUCCGUACCAGUUCCUUCUGGGUGUGUUUUCUAAACCGUUGCCGAUACGAGAAGUGCCGAAGAAUUAGUGUGCGUGUGAAACGAGAGCAGCAAAAAAACCAUGAAGAAAUCAACUGACAUGUGUCAUUACCGAUCAGCGAAGAAGUUUAAAUUAUUGCCCAAAAUCCGUGCCAGUCCAAGAUAUCGGGAGGCACCCUAGAAACCGUUGGUACGUAAUCGAUGCGAGUGCAUUAGAAGAUUCGUAGUGUACGUUUUCCAAUUGCGUCCUUGUGCGUGCAGACGAUGUAGACAGCUGUGGGACACCAGGCACUCCAUGCGGAAAGGUUCAACUAGAGCAAUCACUACGUCCGAAAAGGCGCAGCUUCUUCUUCGGGGUUGGUUUUCAGCCGCCAGGCAACAGUAUUCAUUGGCAGAGUGUUUUCUAGGUGUACCAAGUGGAUAAUCGCGACAUAUAGCCGGAAACUUUCCCCCAAUAAAGGAUACGUUAGAUAUAUAAGGAAUCUUCAAAAACAAAAAUAUCUCCAUCAAAACGAUCGUGGAUCGGUUCUCUGUUCUAGCUUGCAGGGAGAUCCCCAAAAAGCACGAGGAUCCCAGCAGGUUUAUUUGCUAAAAACACAAAACAAAAUACAUACCAGUCACACUGACGAGACGCCAUGUACUUACGCAAAUGGAGUCCAGUAAAAUGUUUGAUGUACCUAUGGCUUGCAAUUCUGGUUUGGAUGUUCUCGCGGUGUGAUAGUGCUGCCACGAUGCACCUGGCACCGGCACCGUACCAUAGCAGCGGCUACCAGGGCACAACCGGUGGCCACUCCAGUAGCAUUAGCAGUAGCAGCAGUAGCAGUAGUGGUAGAUAUGUUAGUGAUAGCAGUAGAACAACGCCUAGCAUUAGUAGUCGCACACCCGCGGACGGUGCGCACCAGGUGGAAAGUUUGGCCGGCGGUGCAAUACCACCACGGUUAUACGAUGCCACCCGUACACUAACACACCCACUACCGCUACUGCCCCUGCCGAGUCACACUACCAGCAGCGGGAGUCAGCUUCCCUGGGUGCAGCCGGGGCGCACCAAUUCAAAGGUGUCUGCAGUGCAGAUGCCGCGACGCAACAGUGCCAACACCAAAUUGAGCCACAACGAGCCACAGCCAGGCCGGCACUUACCAAACCAAUUGUACCAAAUGCUCGCACCAGGCCGUACGGCUGUCGCUGCGAAUACCGGUGCGGCUGCUCCGUCCAUUGGGGUGUCAUCCACUGACAGCAGUAGUAUUAACGGUAGCCCGGAGGCUACCGUAGCGGAACGAUCGUUGCAACAGCAAUGGGCCGCACAGAUGCGUCUGAAAGGCGAACGACGCCGAAUACACCGGAGACGCUGGCGAACGGUAAGCGGUGCAAAUCCGCUCGGCAAUCGCAACCGGCGAGAUUCCACACUGCCAACCGGUGGCUACGGGGUACGAUCGGUGACGACCGGCACCCAACAGCAUUCGGCAAGACCGCAGCGAAGGAAUGGUACCGGUGGCAACGGUUCACGCCGGUACUGUUCCGCACGUGAUCCGGCGACACUCGCAUUUGAGGCGCCGAUCGUAUGUGAAGCGAAGGUAAAAUCGAUGAGCGAUCGGCGGCCCACCUUUGCCGCUACGUUCGAAAUAUUGACGGUACACAAGCAGCCGCCAAAGGGACGGCUACAGCGCAGCCGUACCGUCCGGUUGCCGUUCAACCUGACCACCACGAACGAGUGUGACAUCUUUCGGGGGAAGUUCCGCGAGCGGGGCUACGUGCGGGAGGAGCUCGAGCUGGGCAAGGUGUACUUCCUGUUUCUGAAGGCAAACAACAUGGGCUACACCAACUUCACCAUCCUCGGUCAGCCGAUUCGCAAAAUCAAGCGUUCGGAGGUUGGAGUUUUGCAGGGCGUCAAUCCUAACUAUGGUACCCGACCGGUGAUCCAUUUCAUCACACCGAACGUGACACGGCUCGAGGGUAAACGGGUACGGUUAGUGUGCAAAGUCAGCGGACAGCCACCGCCGAAGGUGGCCUGGUUCAAAGAUAAGCGGCUGAUCAACCGGAACGCCACCAAGUACUCCCAACUGCAUCUCAAGAAGCGGUCCGAGCUGAACAUCUUUAACGCGAGCACGACGGAUACUGGAGAGUACGAGUGUCGGGCUAAAAAUAGAUAUAACAAUUCGUCCGUCUUCAACUCGACGCACGUUAAAAUUACCUUGCCAAAACCGACCAUUCCCGGGGUUCAUAUGCGGCCCUGCGCCGAAAGCCAUCGGUUAGACUUCUGCCAUAAUGGCGGCGCUUGCUACAGCAUUGACAGCCUCGGGGAGCUAUAUUGCAGCUGUGAGACGGGAUUUUCCGGCCAUCGGUGCGAAAAUAAGGACAGCAACCCGCCGGCUUCGACGAACAAGCAGCAGGACUGUACAUCACAGCGAUACGCAGGUUAUUAUUGCUAAAUAAGGCUUUAUAACAUCAACCCAACCCGUUAAACCGAACGAACAGAAACCGAUUAGCUACUGCCGAUGCAGAGCGCACAUGCGUAGUGUGACGCUAGGGAAUGACCAGAAAUGCAAAAUGGUCAGUAAAUGAACAAAAAAGAAAAACGAAAGGAAAAACAAAAAAAAAACAGAGUCAAAUCGCCAAACUUUCCCCCCGUAAACGACAAUUUGAAUCCGACCUGGAUGGGGAUCGAUUGAUGUUUGCACGGUGGGUUAUGAUAGGAAGGAAUAGUUUCGAUCGACGGUCCUUUCUUGCGCGUGACAAUUCCAGCCCAAAAACCCUGCAUCGGUACAUCUGCACACAUAUCGUUCGAUACCCGAUUUCCUCUCGUUGUGGCAAUUAGUCAGCGAAAAACCAAAAAUUAACACUAGUAGAACUUCGUCUAGAUGUAGGGACCGGAACGGUACAUCAAAGUAAUACCCGUUUGCCGGUACCGGGGAACAACCUGUUGGAAUUAGCUACCUGCUUUUACCUUUUGUUUCAAGCUUCUUCACGUCACACGUAAUGGUUGUUAUGUAAAUAUAUACCAAAAUGUACAGAAAGCGAAAUGUGGACCUACGUGCGCAACAAAUUUUUCUUUUAACAACCAUCCAAAUCGACUCUAAUAGCAAAAUAGGUACAGAUAAAUGGAAAGAUAGCACGGUACGGAAAACAUUAAGCAGAAACAACAACAACAACAGUUAAAAAAGAAGAUAAAAAGGAAAAAAAACGGCAAAGAGAAGGAAAACAUGUGCACUAUGAGAAGAGAAAAACAGAACAGUUGAUAGUACAAAUUUGUGUAUAAUGUAUAAAGUGAAACUUAUUUAUUUGUUUUAUGUUUACAUAAGAAAGUGCCCUGAAAAGGAUGAGGGGAAAAAACCGGAACCGGACAGAGAGAAGAAGAAGAGAAAAAACUUGAUAGCAAUAAUAUUUGAAAGAAAAGAAAUGAAAAGAAAAAAAAACAAAAUACAAGCAGAAAUUAAGUUUAAUGAAAAACAAUGGAAAACAAAACAAAAAAUAAACACACUCCUACUUUUUUUGCAGGCAGAAUAAAAGCAAACAUAUUAAGAAAACGAACGAAACUAUCCCUAUUUCAAUGCAUAACAUGAAGGAAAUGUUCCAACCAGUACAGUUAACACUGAUUUUAUCAAAUAUAACAUUCCAGUUCUUGUUGGAUAACGCGAGCUAGAAGAAAAUCAUAAAUAUGCAGAAGAGAAAAGAAAAAAAAACAACAGUUUUGUUUUUGUAAGAGUAGCGUACAAGAGUAAUACAAUAUCGAACGAACAAAACAAAAACAAAAACGCACAGAAAAUGCAGUUUCUAAUAUUAUCAUUAGUUUGGUUUUGUUUCGAAAUUUAACUUAUGGAAGAUUGGGUACAAUAAUUUUCAUCAUGUGUUCACAUUUUUUUGUGUUCUUUUUUGUUUUGGUUUGUUUGUUAGAUAUUUACUUUACCUAACGAUUAAAUCCAUAACAAGCAAUAAAUUAAUCACGAAACAAUUUCCGUCACCUUUCCAAAGAAACAUUUAACAACAGUAAAAUAUUUGCAAAAACUAGAAGCAGCGUGAAUUUCUUUCCCGACAAAAAUUUAUCCGGAUUGUGGAUAAAAUUUAAUCGUCAAACAAAUCCAACAACUGUAACUGACAAAAGAUCGGUUUUGGGAAAGUUAAUCUAUUCACACACACACACACACACACUGCUCCGGAUUAACAUGCACCUUGUGGGGGUGUGUGUGUGGUGUAGUGUUAUUCAUUUUCUAAUCAUUUAUUCUCCCUAUCAACGGUUUUUUAAGGAUUUCGGAGGAUUCACGUCUUACUACGUCAUCUUACUACUAAUUUGUACUGUCUUUUACAUUAGCACACCAAUCUCACCAAUGGGUGUGAUAGAAGCAAUAAAUGCGCUUCAAGAUGCGCCAUCCCUUCUGCUUAUGGGACCCCACCCCAUCCCACUCUUCCCCCCCUUAAGGUGUUGGUUUUUUUGUGCUUUUCUUAGUUACAUUUCAACCCCUUUCUGUAGCAGCCUUCCAUCAGCCUUCGUAUAUGAAACGUCAAAGUUCAGCCCCCCGCAAGAAAAGUUUUGCAAAGGAAACAGCGCACAAAAAGAAAGGAAAAGACCAUGACAACAAUCGUUUGAAGUUAACGAUGUUACCAAAAACAGAGUUGUUGUACGGAGAAAAAUGUGUAAUGUGGAAAAAUAAACAACAAAACAUUAAAAGCAACUCAACUAUAGUGCAAAAUGAACGUUAGCCAUUUGCUGGGCGGAUGUAUGACGGGAUUAUCUGGACAUCUUUUAAAAACACUAGAACUUUAUUCUUUCGUACUGUAAAUAAAACGAACAUCAAUAGCAAAAGAAAAAAAAUAUUGAUUGGUUUCAAAUUUACACACACAAAACGCAUGAGUAUUAUAAAAAAAAACAAAAAAAAAUCUAAAACAGUUGCCAAUAUGACGGCCACGCAAAAACUAGAUUUUGAAAGGUAACUGCUAGUCCCGCGUAAUUUCUGGUACUUGUAUUAUAUACAAUAAAAGCUUUCGAUUCGCAACAAAAACUUAGGAGAAAAAUGAUUUUAAAUUUAAAAAAUAUUAACUUUAAUAAGUGUUAGAGCAAAAUAGCGAGAAAGUGAGUAAGAGAGGAAGAGAGUGAGUGUAAGAGAGAGAAAACGGGAAGCUGAAUACUGUCGAGUGUAAAUAGAUUUAAAUGAUCGCAGUAGCAAAAACACGGCCAUUACCGAAGUAUGAGUAACGCGUGGCAACAAAUAAAACAAGGUAGUUCUGGUAAAAACAAAAAACAACAAUUAAAAGCUUCAAUGUUUCUUGUCCACUUUUGCGUAACGCGCGUAAACACACUCGCUAUCGAACAGACGAUCAGUAGUUUUGGGCGGUUUCAACUUUUUGCUGGCUAUUACUAUCACUUGAGCUUGAGCAAUGGGAAGCAAACAGCGCUGAUCCAAUUCACUACUAAUGGUCGGCAAAAGGAUGCUCACAGUCGAGCAGCCGGCACAGACUGUUGCAACAAUAUGCACACAGCUCUUCGGACGCUCCAAGAUGGGUCCAACUUCUUGAAUGUAAACCGAUUGCCGGUAUCAUCCCCGCACGGCCACCGAAGGUGAGCAACAAUGACGUUUUGUACAACCACUUCCAAGCUGUCGCCAUUUCACACUGUUUUUUUUCCUUCCUCCCCCAAAAAAACACUUUUCACUACUCGUCCACCCGUAAAUCUUUAACAAAAACAGUAUCAACUCAUUGUGUAAAUAUGCUACCCUUUUUGUGCUUUCUGUGUGUUCUGUUGUAAAUAACCAAUUGAUUCUUUUAAUCAAACUCUGUACUUCCCAAUAACGAACUUAGCCACUAAGCAAGGAAAAAGCAAAAAAUAACCUUUCUUACAAGUAUGCAAUUCUAAAACCUAUUCUUAAUUAAUGAUAGAAACAAUUAAUAAAUAGAAAUUGGUAGAAAAACAUGAUAACAAACAACAAACUUUGACAAAUAUCCUUCGCACGGUAAUAUGUAAUAGCGAAAGCAAACGUAUAAUUUAUAUAGCAGAGAGGUAGAGAGGAAGAGAAAAACUUAUAAUUAGAACAAGAAUUAAAAAACAACUGAUAUACGAAAAACAUGUAACAAAUGAACAAAAAUAUCAAAUGAAUAACAAAAAAAUAGAGAAAAGAGAAAAAAACACAAGAUAAACGGAAAACUUAGCAAUCGAAGAGCAUUGAAUAAAUCAAAUGAAAAAAAGAAUGUUAAAAACUUAAAAAAAUGCAUCCACAUCAACAAAACAAUGACGAAAUGACAGAUUACACCGUCACCAUCGUGUAACCAACUUAACCAACUGCAAAGCCAAUAAGAUGUAGGCCAAUGAUAUCGUUACCCGAAGCAUGUACCAUGAUAAACGUUACAGUUUAAGGUUUUUCCCUCCCCAUCUCCAAACUAACAUCGGCUUCUCGUUUAGCAAAAAAAAAAACAUCAUAAAACUAACUCAACUCUAAAAGCACUCUUCUAACAUGGCGAACAUAAUUUGUGUCCUUUACUUACUCUGCUUGAAAACGAUUCAACUAUCAACUACUAAUUUUUGUAUUUUAUCCCAUCAUUCACAGGACGCCUGUACACGGAAUGUAUGGACUUUUUCGUGAUGGAUUCACCUGCACCGCCCAUGUACGAGUACGAUGAUGAUGAAAAUUGAUUUCUUGUGAUAUGGCACCCGAAAAUGAGGACUGGAGCUAGGGCGGCAGUUACACACUUCAUUCCUUACAAAUCAAUACGCAUACUACACACAUACUUACGUACGCAACACAAAUUUUUCAGCAAACUAUUCAUGCCAUGUACUGCUGCAGACAGCUGCAGACUUCUAAAGCAGCUAGUGAGCAAAUCGUAAACUAUUAUCUCUGUGCUUUCGGUGUCAAAAUGAUAAUGGGACUAAAUAAGGGAUACUGUUAGAACCGUAAGCCUAUAUGCUGUAAGCGAUGCAUCAAGUUAAGUUUUAAUUGCAGUUUCAUGUAGGACGCGCACGGUAAGAUUAGCAAAACACAACACAUUUAAAAUACCAAAGAUUGUAUAUAACUAAAGACAGCGCGUUAAAUAAACGUUCGCGUACGAGAAACAUUA